AUGGAGACUUCUUCACUCGAUAACUCUGAUCCACAUCCUCUUUUUUCUUCUUCUUCAGCUAAACCUCUACCUCUCCCACUGUCUGAUAGAUCGAUGGUUCGGGCUCGACCUGAAAUCCGAAUUGGUCGAGCAUGGCCAUUAGCUCUUCUCGGUCUAUUCGAGCUGGUCUACACUAUCCAUUUCCUGGUACAAGCGCACCUACCGACUCGUCUAAUCCUUCUUUCCUUGAUUCGAAUAUCAGCGUUGGGAUUCAUCAGUCUGAGUAAAUCAUGGAGAUUCAAAGGUUCUUAUAUCGCCAUCUUGAUGGGAAUCACCAUUGGAAAUACCAUUUGGGAAUUGUGUAGUUCCAUCUUAUUAAGUUCUGACAAUGAGAAUCAAAAUGAAAAUGGGAAUGAGAAUCAGAAUGGUGAAGGAGGAGAAAUGAAUGGGAAUAAAAAGUAUUUGAUUAUUACAAGUAUGUUAUCGAUCAUAGAAUAUUUGACCCAUAUACUUCUCAUUCGAAUAUCCCCCUCAACUUCUCAGUCAACUAGUACGAAAAUACCUUUACCCCAUACCCUAACACCUUCUUCGACGAAGAGGAGGUCUGUGCCUCAUACCCGGACGCCAUCUUCUUUCUCAAGAAGGAACACUCGUAACCCUGUACAUACCCCCAGAUCAGUCUCAGUUCGAUUCAAAGAUCCUCAAAGGGUAUCUUCAAGAGAUACCACAAGGUCAUUUCGUCCAUCUGGACAAAUAUCGGAUUUCAUUUUGCCAGAUGAUAAUGACAAUAACAAUAACAGUAUCAAGGUCAAGAGGGAUCAAAGUUCCAUUGGAGACGUGUUCACUUCUUCGGCUGAAGUGGGUGCGUCCAAUGAUAUACAUAGGAGAAGUAUCGAUCAUCUGUGGAAUGAUGAAGAGGAUCAUAUCAACGGAAGAGGAUAUGCUAUUGACGACUACGAGGAUGACGAUGAUGAUUAUUAUGACGAGGAGGAUGUUGAUCACGGUAACUACGAGGAGGAUCUAGAUAAUAUCAAUCAAUUCGAACGCAGUCAUGCUUUCGAUACACAUCAUCCAAUUAAUCGGUAUUUUCAGUCACCUUCUUAUGACUCGAUACCUCGUCCUCGUAUCGAAGGAUUCCAAAUGGACGAUAUAGAAGUGGAAGACGAAGACGACGAAAAUGACGAAAAUGAAGAAGACGUCGAAAACGAUGAGGACGAUGACAAUGACGAUGACAAUGACGAUGACGAUGACGAUGACAAUGACGACUCGUCUUCGAUAUCCUCAUCAUCAAUUAUAGAUCUUCCACCACCAUUAUCACCUUCAAUCAUCCCUUUACCUAUACCACUAGCAAGAUCGACAAGCUUGAAUAUCUUACCUUUACAUAGAGGAAUAUCUCAUUUGACUAGUUCGCCCAUUGUUGAACCACUAGUGAGAAGAUCUAGGAGUGCUAGGUUCUUGAGUAAAAGCUGGGCAAGUUCGUCAAGCUGGUUAAACCAAGAGGAGAACCGUCAAGAGGAAGAAAAUGUAUCAAUCGAAGAAGACGGUUAUGGUACCUUUGUAUAA